CCCACCGCGGCGGAGAUGGUGGCGCCCGCGGGCUCGGAGCUGGCGAUGAGCGGCGUCCGCGCGGCCCGCGGCGGCGGUAGGACCAGGGCGAGGACCUGGGCCAGGGUCAGGGCCAGGGCGUCCUACGUGGACGAGACGUUGUUCGGCCGCCCUGUGGGGGCCCGCCCGGCCCCUCCCGCCUUCGAGCCGCCCUGGGCGGCUCCCCCGCGAGCGCUUCCCCGUGCGGGCCGGUUGAAAAGUCGCUCUCCAUCCUACUGUGAUGAAUCUUUGUUUGGCUCAAGGGCUGACGAGCCAGGCUGGGCAGCACCGCGGAUGAAGAAAGAAGAUAUAGCUAAACUCCAUUCCCUCCUGUGGACCCCUUCGUCUGUUCCCAGGAUCCAGUCAAGCCUUUCCUCAAACCUUACCUCUUGUUCCAAGGAGACCCCUCUGAGAGCUGUUCACCCAAAGACCCCAAAAUCUCAGAGACUAGGCCAUUGUGAGACAGAAGGGAGAACCUCCUUCUGGAAAUGGCCUGAGAGUGGUCUGGACUCUGUCAGUCAAGGCACCCUCAACCGGGGCCAUUCUCAGUCUCUUACCCAAGUAUACAGGCCUUCUGAUCAGCUCUGGCUACCUGCAGACAGUCCAAAUACAGGCAAGCAUCAAAACCAGCGCUCCCUGACAGCCUCUGUAACCUCCCAGGGUUCUCUGCCAAGGGCUCGGUCUAAGAGUGUGUUAGGAACUUCCUCUGCCAGGGUACCCAGGACAACAGCCUUAUGCCAGCCCAAACCACCCUGGAAAUGAAUUUACUGCUUUAAAAUAUGUAUAUAUGGAAAUGUACUUAUCAACCAACAGUGCAUGUAGCGAGAUGAGUGAUGUGUCUCCAUGGACCUCUGAACCUGGUGUUGUGGCUACAGGUUGGAGAACCUCCUUUUACCUGAUUUGGGGCAGCAGGAAAUCAUGCUUCAUCUUUCCUGUUAGGUUCCAGUGAAGGGUUGUCUUGGCUCAAGCAGGAUAAGGAAAGAGAACCAAUAUGCAAGUGGACAAGGAAUAGGGUUUCUGGGUGUCCUGAAAUCAAUGGCGCAGCCCUACUUUUUAA